ACUGCCUCUUACAUUAUUAGCCUCGUAAUCUUAAUUUCUAAUUGUCAAUUGUUGUACUUUUUACAGUGUCUAAAGUACAAGACAGACCAAGCACAGGAGGCUAAGAAGAUGGAAAAACUGAACAAUAUGUUCUUUGCUUUGAUGGCCCGUGGUCCUGAUGUUGAUCUAUCAGAAGUCACUGGAAAAGAGCAAAUGGAUGCUCAACCAAGCAAGAAAGGAAGAGGAAGGAAGCAAUAACUUGCUCUUUGCGAGACAUGAUGGUUUUGAGUCAGAGGACUUUCUAAGAAUUUGAACAGUUAUACUUUUCCCGAUCUAAUUAUUACUUCUUCAGAUUCUAUGAUGAAAGUGGUUGUAUAUUGAAGUUUUGAAGUCUGAAUUUCUGAUCUUUUGGAAGUCUUGAGUAUUACAGAAUUUAGUUAUGCCACCAAGAUUUACUGUGCAUCGUUACCGUUAUUGAAUCCUUUUACAUCUA